AUGGCUUCCUCCAGCCUGACAGGGGACGACGAUGGCGCACCUAUCUUUGACUCGCUCGCCAAGUUCUACACCUCGGUCGCUAUCGUGUGGACUGUGUUGAUUUUGUCUGGCGCGAGCCUUCUGAUUGCUAAUCGUCAUGAGCAAUACAUUCGCAUUCGCAACUUGCCGCUUGUUCUGAGCGCCGUGGGGUGUCUCCACGUCUACUGGAUUCUAUGCCUGGUCGCAUACUCCAUGAAUGGCCGGUACCCUUGUGUGGCAGAGUACUGGGUAAUGAGCAUUUAUCUUCCGUUGGGAAUCGCCCUAUUCCAAGCGAAUAGCAUGCAGCUUCUGAGUGUCUUCGGUAUCCAGGAGAAAUUGCUUCUAGCGGCCCAUCGCCCGUAUGUACCCCACUUGACCAGUCGCACAUAUUCUUCAGGAAGAUAUUUGGACAAAUGGAGGCAACUGAACCUGGUUCAGCGGACUGAGUUCGGCAUUGUGGUUGGAAUGGCGAUUCAAAUAAUUCUGUCGCUUUGUAUCUUCCUCACCUCUCGAAAAUUUCAAACUUUCGGCACCUGGGAUAUGCGGGUCAGUCCUUCGGAAUGUCGACGCGGACCGGAAUGGAUUCCAUCUAUCCUCUGGCAACUAACAUGGUCGUGGCUAUUUGCCCCGUACAUGUUGUGGAAAAUACGCAAUAUCCACGAUGUUCAUCAUUGGCGGCUCCAGAUCACAAUCUGCCUGAUAGCUAAGUAUGUGUCCAAGGAGUCUCGCCCUCAAAAGACCAGGCAAUGCAAGGCAUUUCACAGCCUGCCCGGCUCACCUAUGUGGUUUGCAGCCCUAUACUCUACCACUCCAACGUGGGCGGCUAUCAACAAAUACUGGGUCCCAGCCCUUUGGUUUACCCCCGGAAUCGUGAUGAUGGAAGCUGUGACUAUUUUCUUCCCAGUUUACGAAGUCCUCAUCUCCAGACGACGAAAAGCCCACAUGCUCGAGCAAAUCCAAGUCUGGAAUGAAAAGCGCGCCUCAAAGAUUGAUGAACCUGACUCCGGAAUCUCACGCAGCCAAAGCGAGAUCAGCGGUCCGCGCCUCCCUGAAAUUUAUUCUCGAGACGCACUUGAGCAAUGUUUACUCGAUGACUCGGGUACACUUCUCAGCUUCGCCGCAGCCAAGGAGUUCAGCGGCGAGAACAUCAUCUUCCUGACCUACGUGCGCGACUGGAAAGCCGCGUGGGCAAAGAUAGGCGAGUCCCAGCCGGAAUAUGACUGGGUCCAAGAUCCGGAGAAUCACCGACUGCACAUGUUCAAAAUCGCAGUUGAGAUCCAUGCGUCCUGCGUUAAUCUCGAGACUGCGGAGUUUCCCAUUAAUAUUGAGUCUCAAAUUUACUCCGAUCUGAUAGAGAUAUUUGGCGAGGCUUCUGUGGUACUCGUGCGCGAUGCGCAAGGUGGUGCUUCGCGAUACUACAGGGAUAUGUCUGAUGGCUACCCGAUGCCGACUAGGACGCAUAGGAAGAAGUUUUCGACCGUCAUCGCCGUUGAGGAAGAUAAGCAUGCCCUGUGCUUUGAUGCUUUUCCUUUCGAGAGCCAUAGCAUCAUGCUUGUUGAGUCACGGCUUCCUGACUCUGUGGUCGUUCCUGGGAAGUUCUCUUCUAAGGCGUUCGACCAGGCAGAGAAGUCUAUCAAGAACUUGGUGUUUACGAACACAUGGCCCAAGUUUGUGGAGUCUUGUUCGAGUACGUCCUCGAUUCAUUCGAAGUGA